UUCUCGUCCUCCGCCGCCUCCGGUGCCCUCCCUCCUCCUCGCUGCCCCCCUCCCGCCCCGUGCCCUCGGACUGGGAGAUGCGGGGAGAGCCGCCUCCGCCCGGCCCCGCUAGCCCGGGGCAGCCGGGCAUGGUGGGCACGGCGGGAGGAGGGCGGGCCCCGACGGUCUGCCCGCAGCCGGCGCUCGCCUCGCUGGGCAGCCCGGACUGAGAGCCCCAUGCCCCUCCAGGUCCGGCCCAGCCCAGAAACCAUGCCCCCAGCCCCGGCCCCAUGGCGACAUGGCAUAUAGGGUCCUCGGCUGGACAGUGCCACCUCACCCCCGGCUGCCCCGCAGGCUCCUCUUCAUCUUCACGCUGUCCCUGUCCUGCACUUACCUCUGUUACAGCCUCAUCUUCCGCUGCCACCGCCUCAUGCCCGGCCCCGGCCUGGGGGAGGCCCGCUGCCUCCUCGUCCGCAACGUGGGUGGCAAGAAACUUCUGCAGAAGUCCCACGACUGCAGCCUGCAGGCGGGCGAGCCCAGGGAAGGCCCGGGCCAGCCCGCGGGGGUCAGCCCCCGGACGCCCCCCCGGACCCUCCAGGCCGAGCCCCGGCCGGGGGGCACCCAUCCCACCGGCGCCACGCCCAAGCUGGGCACCAAGAGGCUGCCCCAGGCCAUCAUCGUGGGGGUGAAGAAAGGGGGCACCCGGGCCGUGCUGGAGUUUAUCCGAGUGCACCCCGACGUCAGGGCCGUGGGCACGGAGCCCCACUUCUUCGACAGGAACUACGACCGCGGGCUGGACUGGUACAGAAGCUUGAUGCCUAGGACCCUUGAAAGUCAGAUCACUAUGGAGAAGACUCCCAGCUACUUUGUCACCAAGGAAGCCCCAAGAAGGAUCUUUAACAUGUCCAGAGACACCAAACUGAUCGUGGUAGUCCGAAACCCUGUGACCAGGGCCAUCUCAGAUUACACCCAGACCCUCUCCAAAAAGCCGGACAUCCCGACUUUCGAGGGCCUCUCCUUCCGCAACCAAAGCCUGGGCAUCGUGGAUACAUCGUGGAAUGCCAUCCGCAUCGGCAUGUAUGUGGUACACUUGGAGAUCUGGCUUCAGUACUUCCCCCUCUCCCAGAUCCAUUUUGUCAGCGGCGAGCGGCUCAUCACAGAUCCCGCAGGAGAGAUGGGGAGGAUCCAAGACUUCCUGGGCAUCAAACGCAUCAUCACAGACAAACAUUUCUACUUCAACAAGACAAAAGGAUUCCCAUGCUUGAAAAAAACGGAGAGUAACAGCCUCCCCCGUUGCCUGGGGAAAUCGAAAGGAAGAACUCAUGUACAGAUAGAUCCAGAGGUGAUAGAGCAGCUCAGAGACUUCUAUAGACCUUAUAAUAUCAAAUUCUAUGAAACCGUCGGGCAGGAUUUCAGGUGGGAGUAACCGGCUGGGCCCAGAUGACUUCAGCAGUAAGUGCACCCUUCAGUCUUCCGUGAGGACGGCAUCUUAGAAGCGUAUGUGAAAGCGGGGUACCCCGCUCUGAUCCGCUCCCCCUGACCCCCACCCCUUCCCACCGCUUAAGGGCAUUCCUUCUGGCCAUCACAUCCAAGGAAUGGUCAGUUUGGGAAAUCACAGUGGGCUUGAGCACCCAGGAAGCCCACUGACUGCUGGCCUUUUCCAGUCUGCCGGCCUUACUAAGGAGGCAGGGUCUGCUGGGCAGAGAGGGUCUGAGCUGUCAUCAGAGCCUCUGCUUGGCCCUGCAAUGUCCCCACUGUCGGGUCAGUCACAUAGUUAUUUUCUACGCAAUGGGGUCCGUCUUCUUGGCUUCACUGAAGGAAGCCUGGGGAAUCGGGGUAGGAUGAGAAUUGAUUUUCAGAGAUUAUAGAUAUAUAGAUAUAUAUAGAUAUAUAUAAAACACUCACAGGCGCGCGCGCGCACACACACACACACACACACACAAACGCAUACACCCAAAGUCAAUCAACCUACAUUUGCUGCCCAUACAUUCCCUGGCUUUCCAAAUUCAAUUCCUUAUUGGCAUAUACCUCCUUCCAGGUUCCAAGAUCAGUGCCAAUGGAGGCGCAUUACCUGAACAAAACCUGUCCACUUGGGGGCCAAAGAGGGCAAGGAACCAUCUCAUCAGCUCUCCCCACUACUGCCAGGACACCCCUGACUCCCAAACAGGAGGCUUGAGGUUGGAAUGGGCCUCGGCAACCCACUGGGAGUCAUGGCUGGGGGGCUCGGAGUCAGAGUCCUUCUCCGGUUUGCCUUUUGUCACAUAAGAGAAACCUGUAACCAUGAAGGGGGUGAUGUAUAUGCUUGAAAACAGUAUUGGAAACACCCAUUGUAAUGAUAUCUGGUCCUGUGAAUAAAGCACAGAUUUCAGCUGUUACGGGUACUUUAUUGACAAUAGUUUUCUUGUUCAGCAUGUGAUUCUUUCGUGCGAAAUAAAGAAGGCUAUC